AUGUUCAUUAGUUUGCUACUCGUUGUGGCCUCGGCUGCAACAACUUUGGCCGAUUCUAAUGAUACUAGGAGGGAAUAUUUCGAUAGUCUUGAGCGGUUCUGGAGCUAUGAGAGAUCGCCUCCUGUCUACCCUUCACCCGAGGCUUCUGGUCGUGGUGACUGGCAAGAGGCAUGGAGCUAUGCCACAGACCUAGUAUCUCAAAUGACACUAGAGGAAAAAGUCAACCUUACAUACGGCUACACCACCGAGGCCAAUGGUUGUAACGGCAAGAUUGCCCCUAUCCCUCGCCUGGGUUUCAAAGGACUCUGCAUGAACAAUGCCGGGAACGGUGUUGGUGGUAAUGAGGGUUCUUAUGCGUAUCCUGCCGCUCUGCAUGUUGGCGCAUCAUGGAAUCGUCAACUUGCAUAUGACCGCGCCCUCUACAUGGGCCGAGAGUUCAAAAAAAAGGGCGUCAACGUCGCUCUGGGGCCUUCCACAGGACCUCUGGGCCGUAUCCCAAAGGGUGGGCGAAACUGGGAGGCUCCUAGCAACGACCCCUAUCUCUCCGGCGUUCUGACCUAUGAGACUACCGUCGGCUUGCAAAGGUCGGUCAUGGCAUGUGUGAAACACCUAAUCGGAAACGAACAAGAGACGAGUCGCAAGGCGCCUCGGAAGUUUGAGAAUGACGAGACUCACCCAUCUUAUUACAACGCUUCUAUUUCCUCCAAUAUCGAUGACAAAACGAUGCAUGAGCUCUACCUUUGGCCAUUUUAUGACUCAAUCAGAGCGGGCGCAGGCUCUGUCAUGUGCGCAUACCAGAGAGUCAACAAUAGCUAUUCGUGCCAGAACAGCAAGGUCCUGAAUGGUCUCCUCAAAUCGGAGAUGGCCUUUGAGGGCUUCGUUGUCUCUGACUGGUACGAGCACAAGAGCGGAGUCGGAAGUGCUAAUGCAGGACUUGACGUUGUAAUGCCAGUGGCGCCUCUCUGGCAAGAUGGCCUGCUGGUGGAAAUGGUCAGGAAUGGUUCCGUUAGUGAGGCGCGCGUCGAUGAAAUGGUCAAACGUGUCGUCGCCGCUGCCUGGCGGUUUGCGGACUUUGAUGCAGGAACGGGAAUCUCAUUCAAUCUCACGCAGGCACACUCUUUCGUUGACGCUCGUGAUUCAUCCUCCAAGCACACUCUUCUCCAGGGAGCUGUGGAGGGCCACGUUCUUGUCAAGAAUGUCAAGAAUGCUCUCCCGCUGCAGAAGCCUAGAUUCGUUUCCGUUUUUGGUUAUGACGCCGUGGUGAACAUGCGACACACAGCAGAAGGUCUUGGAUUCAACACCUGGAAGAUGGGUCUUGCUGGCUCCCAGAGGUUCGUGAACGGCAGUGUGUUGACGAAUGAAAUGCUCGACUACCUCUUUGCCUCGAGUGCCGAGCAGACCGUGACUGGCCCAGAGAUUGCUCUUAAUGGCACUCUUACUACUGGCGGAGGGUCCGGUGCUUCCAUCGGCUCGAACAUUGACGCACCUCUUGACGCAAUCCGUCGCCGGGCCUACGAAGAUGACACAGCCUUGGCAUGGGAUGUACAAAGCCCUGCUCCUCUCGUCAAUAAAGCCUCUGAGGUAUGCCUCGUUUUCAUCAAUGCCCAGGCGUCUGAGAAUUGGGACCGCAAGAACCUCACAGACUCAUAUUCGGAUAACAUUGUGAAUACCGUCGCCAAUCAGUGCAACAACACAAUGGUCAUCAUUCACACAGCUGGUGUCCGUUUGGUAGAUGCAUGGUAUGAUCAUCCCAAUGUGACAGCUAUCAUCUAUGGCCAUCUGCCAGGGCAAGACUCUGGCUGGGCCCUAGUAGAGAUUUUAUAUGGAAAACAGGCCCCCUCUGGACGUAUGCCAUACACCGUCGCCAAGAAGGAGAGUGACUACGGUGUGAUGCUUGACCCCGAUUUCCCUAGUGAGGACACGCCUUAUUAUCCACAGUCAAAUUUCACCGAGGGCAUCUACAUCGACUAUAAGCAUUUUGAGAAACAUUCCAUCGAGCCUCGCUUCCCAUUCGGCUUCGGUCUAACGUACUCCGAGUUUGAAUACUCAAACCUCCGGAUCCACGUAAACCAAAACAAGACAGACUCCCGCCUACCACCAAAUCCGGAGACCAUCCUCCCCGGAGGCAUCUCACUCUGGGACAAAGUGGCAGAAAUCCGAGUCGAAGUUGCGAAUACGGGUGCUGUCGCAGCCGCCGAGGUGGCGCAGCUCUAUCUCGGUAUUCCUGGAGGAGCCAAGAAGGUCCUUCGAGGGUUUGAGAAACAACUUCUCAACCCGGGAUCACAAUCACUCAUUUCAUUUCCUUUGACAAGAAGAGACUUGAGCACCUGGGAUAUCGUGGAGCAGCAGUGGGUGUUGCAAAGCGGCACAUACAAGGUGUAUGUUGGCAAGAGUGUGACGGAUAUACAGCUGACAGGGGAGUUUACGAUUUGA